AUUUAAACGAGCUGGAGAAGGAAAUGGCAGUCUCUUUAAAGUGAUUGAACAACAAUAACAGAACCCAGGUAGUAACUGUCAGUAUUCUUAUGAGAUGAAAGCCACAGCAAACAAUUUUACCCUUUUGACAAUUUUAACCCUUGCCAAUGGCCUACAAGGACUUCUUGCCUCCGAUGACAAAAUGUCCCACUUCCAUGAAGAUGAAAGAUAAACAAGGAGAGACCUGAGGGGAACUUCUGGACUGGGAAACCUCUCCAGAGAGCAUUUGUAGAAAUGAGGAAGAAUCUUAUACGGAGAGAAAAUGGAAACAAAAGCUUCAGGAGGAACUAGAGGAUUAGUGGCAGGAGAUGCUGGGGAAGUUUGAAGGUGAUGAAGAUGCUGCCUUAGAUACCCCAGAGUCUGAGUCCUACUCUGCAUGGACUGAAUGUCUGGCCCAAGAACAUGCCCAAAUACAACCUCAACAAGCAACAGAGAAAGUCCAGCAUCCAAAAUGUAUGUCAGCCUCCUACCACUGCUGGCAACAAGAAAAUGAAUGUCAGCUAUUCCAAGAGCAAGCCCAGGCCAAGGAAGAGCUGAGGGAAAGCCGAACUAAGAAGGGCCAGGAAGCCAGGGGGCAUUGUAGAGGAGACUGUAACAGGACAAAGCCCAAGAGAAAUCUCACCAAGAGAGGGAACAGAUUUUGGUGUUUGGGAGCUAUACCCUGGCACUGCCUUGGAAGGAAGGUCCGGGAGGCAAUGGCAGCAGCCUUAGUAGCUAGGGCCCCACCCACAGAUCAGAGAACCUUAAGGAAGUAUUUGAGGGUCCAGCAGGUUCAGUGGCAUCCUGACUGAUUCCUACAGCAAUUUGGGGGCCAAAAUGAGGCUAAGGAAAGGGAAAAAGUAAUAGAAAUUGUGAUAACUCUGUCUCAAGUCCUCAGUCCAUAUGCAGAAGGCCUAAAAUGAUCUGGAAGAAAAAGACAGAGAAUGAGUACAUUUAAUAUAAAUAAUGAAGACCACAAGAUAAAGACAGAGAAUAAGAACAAAAUAUGGAACCUGGAGUAAGGAAAAAAUUGAGUAUGGAACUGUCGGAAAAGAUGAUACCUGAAUGAGGACAAGUUGUGGGUUAGAGAUAAAAGCUGAGCUGGAGCAGUGGUGGGAGGCUACUACCACUAAGUCCCUUUUCUUCCUACUCAUUUCCUAAUAAAAUAUAGU